UUACGUAUGUAUGAUUGCCUGUGUGUGUGUGUUUGAUCGUGUGCGUGAUUGAGACAGGUAGUGGGCGAAAGAGACAAUGGCCUAUUUUCACUUGUAAACGUAAUAAUAUGCUACAUAUCAGAACGUACGUGUGUCAGACCGAGUUGAAAGGUUACUGUGGUGACGUAGAAGAUGUCUACCUACGCCAUGAUCGGCACUCUUGUGUUUCUCCUUUCAAUGUGGAGUAGUGUGCGGUCCGCUACCUUGGUCAAUUUCGAGUCGCCAAUGGACCGCUAUCACUCUUACACUGAACUGCAGGCAUUCCUGGGCCAACUGGCUAAGGACUAUCCUAAUCUGGCCAGGGUGUAUGACGUUGGGACAUCCGUGGAAGGAAGAAAAUUGACCGUUAUACAGAUCUCUGACAGAGUCCGGGAACGGGAAAUCGGUGAACCCAAAUUCAAACUGGUCGGCAACAUGCACGGGAAUGAAGCUGUCGGUCGAGAGCUUCUGCUGCACCUUGCGAAGUACCUUCUAGAGAACUACGGCAGGGAUUCUAGAGUGACCAAUCUGGUGGACAGUACAGACAUUCACCUGAUGCCCAGCAUGAACCCUGAUGGUUUUGAAAUUGCCCAAGAAGGAGAUUGUACUGGGCUCACAGGAAGAGCCAACAAAAACAACGUGGAUUUGAACCGCAACUUUCCAGAUCAAUUCUGGCCUACGGGAAAUGUACAGAAAGAGACACUAGCAGUCAUGAACUGGAUUACCAAUGCCAUGCCUAAUUUUGUUUUAUCCGCUAACCUACACGGAGGAUCUUUGGUGGCUAAUUAUCCUUAUGAUGAUCACCAGUACAAGGAUAUAUCUGCGGGUGUUUACAGUGCAAGUCCUGAUGACGCAACGUUUAAGGCUUUAGCCAAGUCUUACUCCUAUUCUCACCCCACUAUGCACUACGGCAGACAGUGUAAUGGUGACAAUUUCCUUGACGGAAUCACUAACGGCGCCAACUGGUACACAGUUGCAGGUGGAAUGCAAGACUUCAAUUAUUUGAAAAGCAACACAUUUGAGAUCACGCUGGAAGUCUCGUGCUGUAAAUAUCCAAACAAAAAUCAGCUUCCAAAUUUCUGGAAAGAAAACAAAGAGGCCUUGCUGAAUUAUAUGGAACAAACACACAUCGGGGUGAAAGGUAUAGUCAAAACUGCAUCAGGUAGCCCAGUGGCUAACGCUUCUGUUAAAGUGAGUGGCAUAAAUCACGUGGUUCGAACCUCAGACCAGGGAGAAUACUGGAGAUUACUAACACCUGGAAACUAUCAAAUCACUUUUACUGCUCCUGGAUACGUCCCAGUUGUCAAAGACGUCGUAGUUUCCAAAGGGCCUGCCCAAGUCUUGAAUGUAACGCUCGGCUCAAAUGUAAAUAAAGGAAUAAUGACUAUGAAAUAAAGAGACUAUCCUAAACAAAAAA